AUGAAAUCUGACGAGGACGAGUUGACGGAAGAUGAGCUCGAGCAGAGUGCAGAUUGGGACUCGCGAAAUUUCGGCGACGAGGAAUUUCUCCCCAAUGGUGGCAGAUUCCAGCUCUUGCAAAAGAUCAUCCGCAACUAUCAGAAGAAGAUCACUGAUAGUCCGCGGCCGGAUCCAGAAUGGCUUCUCAGACUCGGCCACUUUCAUCUCCUCGGUCUGCAGUGGCACUUGGCCCUGUCAGCCUACUCAAAAUGUCUCAAAUUGUCCAAAUGGGAGGAUCAUCAGUUCUCCGUCAUUAGGGAUCAAAGUCGUUUCGUCGUGAGGCCGAACAAGGGCGCAAAAAGUGGACGAGUUAUGCUGUUAUACGGACUCGGUCUUUGCUACUUUCACUUCUCGAAUUUCGCUUGGGCGAAAAACGCGUUCCUGGAAGUUCUUUACCGCGAGCCAGAGUUUCACUGCGCGCAAGAAGUUCAUGCUCGACUGGGAAUUUCGUUGAAAUACAUGAAACUCUACAACUGGGCUUUCAAACAUCUACAAUGGGCCCUAUCCGUCGCGAAUCGAAGCCCAGAUAGAUGUCCAAUGUCCGUGGCUGAAAUCAAGUUUCAUCUCGGCCACACUGAAGAAUUAAGAAUGAACUUCCACUCGGCAAAAAGUUAUUAUGAAUCUGUAAUCGACGACGAUUCCAAGUCGAAAUCUGUCGAAGCUGCGGCAAAUUCGACACUUGGUUGGAUGCUCUUUCGCACCAAAGAGCUAGGAGAAAAGUCACAAAGAAUCCAGGCUGCAAUAAAGCUUCUUCAACGAGCAACCCAGCUCGAUGACAAUUCCGGUCAAACUUGGUAUUAUCUUGGACGAUGCUACUCAGCCGCUAGCGAUGUAAACUCGGCUUUUAACAACUACAGAAAAUCGAUUGAUAAGUCCGAAGCCUGUGCUGAUACUUGGUGCUCCAUCGGAGUUCUGUACCAGGAACAGACACAACAUACUGACGCGCUACAGGCAUUUAUCUGCGCUGUUCAACUCGAUCCGACCCAUGUUGAAGCAUGGAUGGAUCUUGGAGUCCUGUACGAGUCGAAGAGACAAUUCAAAGACGCAUUCAAGUGCUUUCAUCGUGCUUAUUCUUGCUCUGUACGACGCGGAGCACCGAGAGAAGAGCUUUUUCAUAAAGCGAAAUCACUUCAAGAUAUGGAAUCGAAUUCUGUUGGACCCCAGACUGGCCUGACUUCCAUCGAAAAAGCGUGGACCAUGCCUAUCCCAGCAGAGCUAACCCAGAGACAAGCUGCCCGAUGCGCCCCACCCCGAAACUUCAAUGAAACGCCAUCUGAGGAGAAGCCAAAGACCGAAGCUGAUAGUAAGAAACAAGUCAAAUCAGAACCCGUCGACCAAAAUGCAACGCCCAUGGAUUACUCAUCAUCAACAACUCCCGAGAAAACAUCAUCAUCAACGAAAACUGCGCCUACCAAGCCAUCUUCAGCCAAAACUGACAAACAAUCGAGUUCUUCCAAUAAUAGCGGGCCGAAUUGGCUCAUGAACGAGAUGGAGUCAAACGUCCUGAGAACACUUCAAAAUAAUUCAAACGCGCUUACGCCCUUCCAAAAAGCCGAGCUCGAGAGGCUUCGCUAUUUACAAAAAUGUACAGAAUACUUCAAAAAACAUGUAAAAACAACCGAAAGCAAUGUUCCAACAAAUGACUUGUUCCAACAGACGAACGAGCAAACAAAACCUGCGAAAGAAACCGACUACGCCAAGGAGCUCUCCGUCGUUAAGGGGAGAAGGGUUCCGGGACUUUCUGCGCCCACUGAGUUCAGCCAUUCGAUCACUGCCAAUGAAUUGAUCAAUGUUUGUCGAAAACUUCGCCACAACUUAGAAAAGGAUACUAAACUUGAAAUCGAAAAUCGUUCUCCCCCCUUCUUCCCACUCAACCCGAAGCCCGUUGAUAUCAAUCCGGAAGCACCCCUGAUCCAAGUUGACACGAAAAAAGAAGCCAACUCUAAAGUCCUUAGACAGUUUUUUUUUUAA